AGUAAUAGAACUGGCCACGUGGACAUGGUGAGAAUAAAAAAGAAAAUAAACGUCUGCGCUGGGUGACUCGUGGUGUGUACCAUGGGGCGGAGCCGGUUAACGAGACGGAGAGUGGAGCGCGGUAUUCUCAAGUCCGGCCACUGUUGGAUUUCUAAACAAUCAACUCGGCGUCGUCCGCCUCUCUCUUCUUGAACAGAGGGCAUUGUCGCGCGUUGGCGAAUUUCGCGAGAGAGAGAGAGACAUCGUCACAAAUAAUCUCACCACCACCACGCCCGCUCUUUGAAGGCAGAAGAAGACCCAACGUAAGACAUCAUCGUCAUCAUCGUCAUCAUCAUCAUCAUCGUCACUCAGGAGGAGAAGGAGGAGGAACGUCAAGUGACGCGCGGCACAGCGAUCAAGCGAGCGAGCGUAGUCCGAGGGUGGUGAGGGGGGGGCAUCCCCAUGGCGAACUCAUCCCUGCAGAUCGCCGGUAUGGCGGUGGCGUUCAUCGGCUGGAUCGGCAGCAUCGCCGUGACUUGUCUGCCGCAGUGGCGCGUCACCGCAUUCCUGCCAAACUCUGCCAACAUCGUGGUCGGACAGGUGUUCUGGGAGGGCAUCUGGAUGCAGUGCGUCUCGCAGGCAACGGGCCAGCAGCAAUGCAAGGUCUACGACUCUCUGCUUGCACUCAGCCCGGACAUGCAGGCGGCCCGCGGCCUCAUGUGCUCCGGCGUGGCUCUGGGCACCCUGGCCAUCCUCAUCGCGACCCUGGGCAUGCAGUGCACGCACUGCGUCGAGAACGAACGCGCCAAGGCGUACAUCGCCAUGGCGGGCGGCUUCCUCUUCAUCCUCGCCGCCCUCAUCGUGCUCAUCCCCGUGUGCUGGACGGCCAACGCCAUCAUCCGCGACUUCUACAACCCCAGCGUGCCCGAUGCCCUCAAGCGUGAGCUCGGGGGAGCCCUCUACCUCGGCUGGGCGUCUGCCAUUUGUCUCGCGGCCGGGGGUGCGCUACUGGCCUGCUCGUAUCCCCGCAGCGACGCGGGCAGCUACAAGCCCCCCACCAACAGGCGAUUGUUGCCAUCGUUUUCCGGUUUCAUUACCAACAAAAACAACAACAGCGGCAAUAACGAUGGUGGUGGUGGCGGUGGUGGCGGUGGUGGUGGCCGAGCGAGUGCCGCCAGCAACAGAAAUGCGCCCGGGCGCUCAUACUCGCUCAAAGAGUUUGUCUAGA